AUGCUGGAUCUUUUGUUCCCUCGUUCGCGACCUCUUGCUGGACUCUUCUCUUUGCGGCUGUCCACCUUGAUCUCGUCUUCUGCCAGGCCUAUCAGUCGGUCUUCACCCUCGACGCCUUUUCGUUACAGCAGAGUUGUGUUCAAAAUUGCUUCACUGGAGGUUUCGAGCUCUGCUACACAGACAUUCUUGGGAACCUUUGCUGCCGUUGAUGACUGUUAUUGUCGAGGAGAUCUUCAAUUGGUUGCUAACGAAUGGCUUUCUUCUUGCAUCGAUGAGCUGUGCACCCUUGGUGACAACGGUGUUAAUCUCGCCAACGCCGCCAGUAUCUACACGGGCUAUUGCAACGAUCGUGGCUUCACAGCUUUGCCAGCCCAAAACUCGGCAUCAACUACUCAAGCAACCUCGAGGUCUACAACAUCCACCAAUACUCGCAACCUGAGUACAUCAACCAAUCCAGCAGAGGAGCCCGAGACGACUCCCAACAAUGAUUCCUCCAAUAACAAGACCCUGGAGAUUGCAUUGGCUGUUGUAGGUGGUAUUGCAGGCCUUGCAAUCAUCAUCGCCGCCGUCUUCUUUCGCAAAAUCAGGCAGAAGCGACGUCAACAGAAUCCAGUGGAUUUACCCACUUAUCCAAACAACUAUGGAUACAUGUCAACACAGCAGUUAAGACCUUCAGACCUACACCGACUGUCCGCGGAAACCCUGGGUCCUCCGGACUCUUACUCGGUGGCGAAUAUGCCGGCCUAUACAAGGCCCUUGAACCCGCCUCAUCCAGCACCUCCGAGUCUUGUCUCAACUGCCCGUCCCCUCAGAUAA